AUGACUCAUUAAUUAUCAAACAUUGAAAAAUUAAAAUAGUAACUUCAUCUUUAACAUUAAGUUAAAGAAAUAUUAUCAAAGGAAUAUGUAGAUCUAUAAGAUAAAGAACAUUUUUAAGUAUAAUAAGAUCAAUCAUAAGGUUAUUGUUGGAGUUCUGGAGAAAUCAAAAAAGUUAAGAAAUGGCAACGAUUUAUAAUUAUUAGCCAUGGCAUUCUCAUCAAUUAAAUAUUUUUAAGAGAUGAGCAAGACAACCAGUUAGGAUGAAAUGCUAAAUUUAUUUAGAGUAUCAAUAUUACUUAAUAAAGGAAUUACAAUAUAUUGAAGUACCUGCCAGAAGAACUUUAUUUCGCUUGGGAGAUAUAGGAAAGAAUUUUUAUAUAAUUUUGAGUGGUUCAGUUUGGGUAUUUAAAACCUUCAUCAUUUUAGGUCUUGGUUGCUAAAUCAGGUUUAUAGAGUGGUACAUUCACAAAAAAAGAUGAGAACAAUAACGAUAAAAUAGAAAUAGAUGAAGGAACCUUUUAAGUAUAUAAAAUAUAAAUUCAAUUAAGGACGAAUUUGAAUUCAUGGAAUUGGAUGAUGAGAGUAUGUUAACUUAGAAAUAUCCAAAUUUAAUGAAAGUAGGUUAAAUAGCAGCAGGUGGCUCUUUUGGUGAAAUAGCUCUUACUAACUUUAUCCCAAGACAAGCUACUAUUGUUUGCAAAGAGAAUUCCUAAUUCAUUACAUUAUCAAGAGAAGCCUUUAAUAAAUUUCUAUGUACAGACUAUUUAAUUAUAAUAAUAUAGCUGAAUAUUAUAAUAGAAUCCAAUAAAAGAAUUUUGAGUUUCUUAAAUCCAUUCAGAUAUUUAAAGGUUGGAAUGAUGCAGAAUUAAGUUAAAUGCAAUAUCAUCUUUAACCUUUAGAAUAUUGUUAUGAUACUUUAAUAUAUAAAGAAGGAGAAUUUGUGAAGUAAAAUAAUCUAUAUAUAUUAUAUAUAGAGGUGUUUAUUUUGUAUUAGAAGGAUAAAUAGAAAUUACUUAAAAUGCAAAAAAUGAAUUUCAUUUUGAUUAACAAUAUGGUCGAAAAUUAUAGAGAUCAUAUAGUAAUGUAUGUAAAUUCUAUUCAAGGUCAAAAGAAUAUACAAUUAAAAUUAAAUAGAUGUGGAUAUGGAUAAUUAUUUGGAUAUUUAGAAAUAGUAUCUAAUUAAGAAUUUCGUUAAUCAAAAGCUGUUUGUUUAACUGAAAAAUCUAAAAUGUUAUUCUUACCAGCAGAUGUAUUAAUUUAAUAUUAAAUUUAGAGAUUUAAAUUAUAUUGUUGUAAUGGAUCAACAUUGACUGAAUUGAAUAAAAUGAUUGAAAAGUUAGAUGAAAAUAAGAGAAUUUCUAAGGAAAUAUUUUUAGGUAAUUCAUAUCAACAUUCAAGUGGAUUUGAUUUUUUGACUUAAUCACCUAAUUAUUUAAUUAAAACAUAGGAUGAAGAUGAAAAAUUUGCAUUAGUAAAUAAAACAUAAUAAAAUGGUUAAUCAUCUCAUAAAAUAAAUCAUUCUUAAAAAAAUACAGAGAGGAAAUCUCAAAAAGCUGUUUAAGAAAUUUUAGGCAAGAUAUAACAUUAACCUUCUAAUAUUUAAAAUUAUUAUGAAUUUAUCUCAUCUCAUUCAAAGGAAAAGAAACUAGAACUCACUUUUGAAUGUCCAUUAAUUGAGAUUCAAUAAAGUAGAAAAGCAAAGAUUCUAUAAUAAUAAUUAUAACAUUAAUAAUAAACUUAUCACUCAAAAACACCAAGUUAAAACAUUGAUUCAAGAGUAUGUUUGAUUUAGAGUUUAAAACUUCCUAAAUUAUUUAAAAAAAAAAAGAACAAAGAAGAUGUUUAAUUAUAAGUAUAUAAAUUUGUAAGAUAAUAAAACUAAAGUGUUUAGCUUUAUUGA